AUGAACCGCAACAGCAACGACACCCAGGCUGUUGCAAAGCACAACAACAGGGAAUCAUGCUGGGUCAUCAUCCAUGGCCGCGCCUACGACAUCACCGAGUUCCUGCCUGAGCAUCCUGGAGGUCCCAAGAUCAUCUUGAAGUAUGCUGGCAAAGAUGCAACCGAAGAGUACGAGCCAAUUCAUCCGCCGGACACGCUCGACAAGUACCUAGACAAGUCGAAGCAUCUGGGCGAGGUUGACAUGCAAACCGUGGAGAAGGAGGAGAAAGAAUUUGACCCCGAGGAAGAGGAGAGACAGAAGCGCAUCGACCGAAUGCCAAUCUUGGAGCAAUGCUACAAUCUCAUGGACUUUGAAGCUGUUGCCCGCAAGGUUAUGAAGAAGUCAGCUUGGGCAUACUACUCGAGUGGUGCAGACGACGAGAUUACGCUGCGCGAGAACCACAGCGCCUUCCACAAGAUCUGGUUCCGACCCCGCGUCCUCGUCGAUGUCGAAAAAGUAGACACGUCUACCACGAUGCUCGGAACGAAAGUCGAUAUUCCCUUCUACGUGACUGCUACAGCACUUGGUAAGCUCGGCAACCCAGAAGGAGAGGUCGUCUUGACCCGCGGCGCGCACAAGCACAACGUGGUCCAAAUGAUCCCCACACUCGCGUCGUGUUCUUUUGAUGAGAUUGUGGACGAGGCCAAGGAUGGGCAAUGUCAAUGGCUACAGCUGUAUGUCAACAAGGAUCGCGAGAUCACAAAACGCAUCGUCCAGCACGCCGAGAAGCGUGGAUGCAAGGGCCUCUUCAUCACCGUAGAUGCGCCCCAACUUGGCCGCCGCGAGAAGGAUAUGCGUUCAAAAUUCUCAGACGUGGGUUCAAAUGUGCAGAGCACAUCCGGCGACAACGUGGACCGCAGCCAGGGAGCAGCACGAGCCAUUUCGUCUUUUAUUGACCCGAGCCUUAGUUGGAAGGAUAUCCCAUGGUUCAAGAGCAUCACUAAGAUGCCUAUCAUCCUGAAAGGCGUUCAGUGUGUUGAGGAUGUCAUCCGUGCUGUCGAAGUAGGUGUGGAUGGAGUCGUUCUCUCAAACCACGGAGGUCGUCAACUCGACUUUGCCCGUUCCGGCAUCGAAGUCCUUGCUGAGGUUAUGCCCAUUCUACGUCAACGGGGUUGGCAGGAUCGCAUCGAGGUGUACAUUGAUGGAGGUGUACGACGAGCAACGGACAUCAUCAAGGCAGUUGCACUAGGUGCAAAGGGUGUCGGUAUCGGGCGACCAUUUCUCUACGCCAUGUCUGCUUAUGGUCUGCCUGGCGUUGACCGCGCCAUGCAGCUACUCAAGGACGAGAUGGAGAUGAACAUGCGUCUCAUUGGUGCCUCCAGCGUCGCAGAUCUUAACCCUUCGAUGCUCGACACCAGAGGACUGAGCUUGCACACGGCACCAGUUCCCAACGACACGCUUGGCUUGAAUGUAUAUGAUCCGCUCAUCGGACCACAGGAGAAGGUCGUUGUGCAGAAGGCUAAGCUGUAGAGAAGCGAACAUGUAAAUGUAGAAACUGGCGCUAGUUAAGUUUGUAGGUACCAGUUGGAAUUAUUGUAAAUAGUAAGAGCA